CCUGCCUCGCACCUGCACGUCCCUCCUCCCCUAUUCCCUCUCUCCCACUCCAAAACCCUACCAAUCGCCACCGCCACGGCCACCAGCCAUGGCGCCGCCUCUCACCUGCGGUCCCGGCGCGCCGAAGCGGAGGCUCCUCCAGGCGGCGGCCGACGGCGACCUCCAGCGCUUCAAGAGGAUAGCUAGCGUGCUGGACGCUGGGAAGGGCCGCCUCGGGCAGACGGUGGCCGCCGUGAAAGACCGUGGUGCCGGGGCGCUGCACAUCGCUGCCUUCCCCGGGAGGACGGCGCUGUGCGCGUACCUGGUCGAGGAGCUCCAUCAAGACGUCAACGCCGCUGAUGAGUCAGGAAAGACACCUCUGGUCUAUGCCAUUCGUGGUGACACUGUGGACACCGUACAAUAUCUUCUGGAUCAUGGUGCUAAUCCGGAUAAGCCUGAUGCAAAUGGGUCCACCCCUCUCCAUUUAGCAGCUGCAGGAGGAAAUUGUGAAAUAGUAAAAGCCUUGCUCUCAAAAGGAGCUGAUAUUCAUUCAUUUUUUGGUAUUGGAUCGACACCCAUGCAUAUGGCUGCUGCCUGUAAGCAGUAUAAUGCUAUGAAGGUUUUGUUGGACAACCAUGCAGAUUGUAACAAGAGGGGGGGCUUUAUCACUGGACCAACAGUUACAAACAGUGUGUACACACCUCUUAUGGCCGCUCUCACUGCUGGCUCACUGGAAUGUGUGAAGCUUCUGGUUAAGGCUGGAGCUGAUGUGAAGGGUGUUGGGACUAUAACCCCCUUAUUAUUUGCUGUCAAAAAAGGCUUGACUGACUUCUACAAGUGCUUACUGGAGGCUGGUGCAGAUCCUAAUUUUCGUGAUGAUUUUGGUAACCUUCCAAUUGAAAUUGCUGCAAAUAAGGACAGAAGGAAAGACGUCGCAAUUCUAUUUCCAGUAACUUCACGUGUUCCAUAUGUACAUGAUUGGAGCAUUGAUGGGAUAAUAAGUCACGUGAAAUCAAUGCCAUCUUUGGAGGAUGACCCCGUGUACGGAAUGGAACCAGCUGAUAUGAAGUUAGAAGGCAGCAAGGCAUACAAGAGAAAGGAUUAUGUUACUGCAGCAAAACUCUUCUUUAUGGCUGCAAGGCACUUCCCAGAUGAUGCAACCCUGCUCUCAAAUAGGAGCCUUUGCUGGCUUAAGUUGGGUGAAGGAGACAGGGCUUUGAUGGACGCUCAGCUUUGCAGGAUGAAGCGCCCUGGUUGGGCAAAAGCCUGUUACCUGCAAGGAGCUACUCAAAUGUUACUGAAGGUAAGAUGA